ACAGACACUGAGAGAUAUCAGGUAUUGAUGCAACUGGAGUGAAUAAGGGAACCUUCUUCCUGAGCACAGACAUUGGAGCCGGUUAUCAGCAUGAACUCAUAUGUGUUAGACAAUCACUUGAAUAGUUCAUAUCCAUCCAUCACUACAGGAAGCAUCAGAAUGAUACCACAAACUCCAAAUGUCUUAGACACUAAUGACUAUUCACAGACAUUGGGGAACUCACAGCAAAUAUUUGUUGAAUUGGCAGGAACUGGGCAGCAAUCAUUAUGUACAAAGAAUAAUUUAGUCAUCAAACAAGAGGAAAACAUUUAUGCCUUAUCUAGUGAAAUUAUUAUCCCAGAGGACAAACCACCCACAUUUACUGAGAACUCAAAACAUGUUAAAGAAGGUACAAGUCUACAGUCUAGCCAAAUGAUUCAUACAAAUAAGAAACCAUUCAUAUGUACAAAAUGUGACAAAAGCUUCACAUUUAAUUUGCAUCUCCUUGAACAUCACAAAGUUCACACAGUUGUGAAAUCUCACACGUGUGCAGAAUGUGGGAGAUGUUUCACUUCCAAGGGAAACCUCACAUAUCAUGAAAGGACCCACACAGGGGAGAAACCAUUCAUAUGUACUGAGUGUGGGAAAGGUUUUAAAAAAAACGAUGAGCUGAAAACUCAUGAAAGGACUCACACAGGAGAAAAACCUUUCCCAUGUACAAAAUGUGGAAGCAAAUUUACACAUAAGAGUAAUCUGAAAAUUCAUGAAAGGAUUCACAUAGGAGAAAAGCCUUUCACAUGUACAGAGUGUGGAAAAUGUUUUACACGAAUAAGUGGUCUGAAAAGUCAUGAAAGGAUUCACACAGGGGAAAAAUCUUUCACGUGUACAGAGUGUGGAAAAUGUUUUACACACAUAAAUAGCCUGACAACUCAUGAAAGAAUUCACACAGGACAAAAACCUUUCACAUGUACAACAUGUGGAAACAAAUUUACACAUAAGAGUAAUCUGAAAACUCAUGAAAGGAUUCACAUAGGAGAAAAGCCUUUCACAUGUACAGAGUGUGGAAAAUGUUUUACACGAAUAAGUAGUCUGAAAAUUCAUGAAAGGACUCACACAGGAGAAAAGCUGUAUACAUGUACAGAGUGUGGAAAAUGUUUUGCACAAAUAGAUAAUCUGAAAACUCAUGAAAGGAGUCACACAGGAGAAAAGCCUUUCACAUGUACAGAAUGUGGAAAAAGUUAUACACAAAUAACUAGUCUGAAAACUCAUGAAAGGAGUCACACAGGACAAAAGCCUUUCACAUGUACAGAGUGUGGAACAAGUUUUACACAAAGAAAUAGUCUGAAAGUUCAUGAAAGGAGUCACACAGGAGAAAAGCCUUUCACAUGUACAGAGUGUGGAAAAAGUUUUACACAAAUACAUAGUCUGAAAACUCAUGAAAUGAGUCAUACAGGAGAAAAGCCUUUCACAUGUACAGAGUGUGGAAAAAGUUUUAGACAAUAUGUAAAUCUGAAAACUCAUGAAAGGAUUCACACAGGAGAAAAGCCUUUCACAUGUACAGAGUGUGGAAAAUGUUUUACACAUAUAAACUGUCUGAAAACUCAUGAAAGGAUUCACACAGGAGAAAAGCCUUUCACAUGUACAGAGUGUGGAAAAAGUUUUGCACAUAUAAAUGGUCUGAAAACUCAUGAAAGGAGUCACACAGGAGAAAAGCCUUUCACAUGUACAGAGUGUGGAAAAUGUUUUACAGAAAAGAGUAAACUGAAAAUUCAUGAAAGGAUUCACACAGGAGAAAAACCUUUCACAUGUACAGAGUGUGGAAAAUGUUUUACAGAAAAGGGUUAUCUGAAAAUUCAUGAAAGGAUUCACACAGGAGAAAAGCCUUUCACAUGUACAGAGUGUGGAAAAUGUUUUACAGAAAAGGCUAAUCUGAAAACUCAUGAAAAGAUUCACACAGGAGAAAAGCCUUUCACAUGUACAGAGUGUGGAAAAUGUUUUACACAAAUAAAUGAACUGAAAACUCAUGAAAGGAUUCACACAGGAGAAAAGCCUUUCACAUGUACAGAGUGUGGAAAAAGUUUUGCACAAAAGAGUAAUCUGAAAAACCAUGAAAGGAGUCACACAGGAGAAAAGCCGUUCACAUGUACAGUGUGUGGAAAAAGUUUUACACAAAUGUAUAGUCUGAAAACUCAUGAAAUGAUUCACAAGGGAAGAAACUUUUCACAUGUUUAUAAAGGGGAAAAAAUGUUUUCCAUUUAAAUGGGAGGUGAGUCCAUGGCUUUAUUCAUUACUAGUGGGAAUUAUGUGCCAUUAUUAAUUAAUUUUAACAACCACUGUGACCAAUGCCACUAUCUACAGACUACGUGCUGUAUUGUUGCUAGUAGUCAGGCAUAUUAAUACUGUAUUACAUAAGGUAGGAGCAUUUAAUUGUAAUGCGCUAGCUGGUAUUGGAAUGUGAGGCACUACGUCUGCUGUGUGAGAAUCCGUCUCAUUAAUAAUGACUUUUAACAAACACUAUAAACAAUGCCACUGUCUAAAAAUAAAGCGCUACGUUGCCACUAAUAAUUAGCCUUAUCAACAUUAUAUUGCAUAUGGUAUAGGCAUUAAGUAAUUGCUAAAUGCCUGGUAUCAUAGUACACGGCACUACAUAGAUUAUUUAGGAGUGAGUUUCGCUAGUACAGAAUUUUGGUAAACUGUAUGCACAGUGCCUCUGUCUCAGGAUUGAGCGCUACAUUGCCAUUAAUAAUCAGCCUUUAUAUUUGAUAAGGUAUGAGCGUAAAAUUAUCAUUAAUUAACAGAUAUCAUAAU